AUGUCUACCGCCGCAACUCUUCGACCAACCCCCAUCCACAGCAAGCCCGUCGCUGCUACCACUACCACCAACACCACACAUACUCGCCACGCCUUUGCUGCUCCCUCGCGCAAAAGCAUGUCCGUCACCCAGACCUACUACCUGGCGCACAAGGCCCGCGCCAAGCUGUCGCGCGAAGCCGCCCAGCCCGACCACGACCUGCGCCUGCUCGUCGGCCACGCCAACCUGCUCGACUCGCUGAUGGUCGAGCUCGCCGAGGCCGAGCGCGAGCAGGAGCGCUGGUUCAACCAGUCCGUCCGCAACACCUCGUCCGCAAAGGCUUCCGAGAAGCGCCACAUCCAGUGGGCCGACCGCAUCGUCGAGGAGGCCGUCGAGGACGACGAGUACGAGGAGUCGUCCGACUCGGACUCGGAUUCUGACUUUGACUACGAGGAGGAGGAUGCCAGGAUGACGACGACGACGACGAUGCCCACCGUCACCGUCGCGCAGGUCGAGGAGGAGGACGAGGAUCUCGAGGAGGACUAUGCUCAGCUCGAGCUCGUCCGCACCCCCUCGCACAGCAACUCGCCGCCCGAGCUGCUCCUCGACCACCACGACUCGGACUCGUCCGACGACGAGUCCAUGCCGCCCUCGCCGGCCGAGGCCUCGCUGCCCCUGCCCGCCGACAGCAAGCAGCACACUGCCAAGGAGCAACAAGUGUACGGAGAAGAAGAGUACUACAGCCGCCGCAACGCAGCUGGCCUGGUAUCCGCCAUCAUGGUCUACUAA